ACGAGGGCACAACCAGAGCUGUCCUUAGAGCCCAGCGUGGGCACAGCUGCAGACCGUGGCCAGUGCAGAGCCACCUCCUGCCACCACCUCCUCUGGACACAGGGCUGGGGCUGGCCAGGGCAGUCCAGGCUGCUGCAGCAUGUGAGAGCCCGAGCCAGCACGCACCGGGGGCGAAUGAGCAAAGGGAACCUUGCCGGAAGCUUCUCUAGAGGAAGAUGGAGAACCCACUUCUUUUAUUCCCCCAACUCAACAUUUCUGCUUCAAAGGAUAAACCCUAUUACAAAGUCACAAAAUCAGCAAUUAAGGAAGAGCCACACAAAGCAAGCAAGCCUGGAGCUAAGCAGAAGAGAAAUAGGCUGAGCCUGCUCCUGCAGAAACCUGAAUUCCAUGAAAGUGAUCACCUUGGCAAACCUGGAAACUUGACAAAAGCAGCAAGCAGUGUGUCUCCUGAAGAAGCAGUGAAAUGGGGAGAGUCUUUUGACAAACUGCUUUCUGAGAAAGCUGGGCUGGAUGCCUUCACAAAGUUUCUGAAAACUGAGUUCAGUGAGGAGAACAUCGAGUUCUGGAUAGCCUGCGAGGAUUACAAGAAAAGCAAAAAUGCACAUGAACUUCUGCCAAAAGCCAAGACCAUUUUUGAAACAUUCAUACAGAAAGAUGCUCCAAAAGAGGUGAAUCUCGACUUUCACACCAAGGAAGUCACAAGCCAGAGCAUGGGGCAGCCCCUGCGCAGCACCUUCGACGCGGCGCAGAGCACGGUGUACCGGCUGAUGGAGCAGGACAGCUACCCGCGCUUCCUGCGCUCCGCUCCCUACCUGGGCCUGCUGCAGGCCCGGCCCGCGGCCCGCGCCCCGCUCCGCCGCCGCUCCCGCUCCUUCACCGUCAGCGACUUCAAGGGUGUGCGGCCGGACCUCACCGUGUGGUGACAGCCCAGCUCAGCCCUGCUCAGCCCCUGUGUCACCGUGUGGUGACAGCCCAGCUCAGCCCUGCUCAGCCCUGGUGUCACCGUGCAGUGACAGCCCAGCUCAGCCCUGCUCAGCCCCUGUGUCACCGUGCGGUGACAGCCCAGCUCAGCCCUGCUCAGCCCCUGUGUCACCCUGUGUUCUGAUAGCCCAGCUCAGCCCUGCUCAGCCCCGGUGUCACUGUGCGGUGACAGCCCAGCUCAGCCCUGCUCAGCCCCUGUGUCACCGUGCAGUGACAGCCCAGCUCAGCCCUGCUCAGCCCCUGUGUCACCCUGUGUUCUGAUAGCCCAGCUCAGCCCUGCUCAGCCCCGGUGUCACUGUGCGGUGACAGCCCAGCUCAGCCUUGCUCAGCCCCUGUGUCACUGUGCAGUGACAGCCCAGCUCAGCCCUGCUCAGCCCCUGUGUCACUGUGCGGUGACAGCCCAGCUCAGCGCUGCUCAGCCCCUGUGUCACCGUGCGGUGACAGCCCAGCUCAGCCCUGCUCAGCCCCGGUGUCACUGUGCGGUGACAGCCCAGCUCAGCCUUGCUCAGCCCCUGUGUCACUGUGCAGUGACAGCCCAGCUCAGCCCUGCUCAGCCCCGGUGUCACUGUGCGGUGACAGCCCCGCUCAGCCCUGCUCAGCCCCUGUGUCACUGUGCAGUGACAGCCCAGCUCAGCCCUGUGGUGAAGCAAAAGAAAAUUCACUUACACCAGGUCAGAGUUCUGGAGCAGAAUCUCACUUUCAUAGAAAACUAGGUGACGUAUUGGCAAGUCAUAGCAUGUGGAGUUUUCAUAUAGGAUUUUUUUUUUUAACUCAGGCAAAGGCUGUGAUCAGAUUUGGCAGAAAAAUUUUAUUUUCCUGCUUAAAAAUGUCCCAUAUAAUGCCAUUUGAUAUUACCCAAUAUGUAUCCUGGGCCUGUACCAUUUAGGCCAGAGUUUCAUCACAGUUAGAAUCUCUGUAUCCAGUCUUUGCACACAUUUAUGUUUUUGCAGUAUUUCCUACACUAAGCACAGAGAAUUUAUGGUAUUUUCUCAUACUGUAAAACACACAGGAACAUUAUUAGGUAUAAUGCAAAGUUACAUGAAUUUUAACUAAAGAAAUGGCAUAAUUAAAUCCAUAAUUAAAAUGUAGCCAUUGCCUAUUUUAAGAGGAACGUAAAAAUACCUAUUUAAUUUUUGGGGGUACAUUUUUCUUAUUCCACAUGUCUGUUGUCUAUUUUUAAGUUAUGAUGUAUAUAUUAGCUUUGGCAUCAAAUACAUGUAUUCUAAUUUUUUGCAACUAAAUGAGCAGCAGCUAAGGGACAAGAAUGCUAUUUUGACACAAUGUGUAUCCUUAAAUACCAGGUGAUGUCUAUGCAUAUAAAUAUAAAAUAUUUCUACUUUUAUUUAUAAAUACCAGCUUUAUUACUAAACUGUAUUCUAAUUUUUUCUGCCUUUUGUUUUGAAACUGUAUCUGAAAAUUAACAGCUCUUGGACUCAGGCAGGGCAACUGUCAGUUCCACUGAUCAUUAAUAUCCUCUCUGUAGGUUAGAGAAGAGGAAGGAAAAAUCUUCUUUUUUAUUUCUUUAAUAUCAAAGAGAGACAUAUUUUUUAUAGUCAGAAUACACAGUCAUUCUGUCCUUUUCUUUCAUAGUUGAUGCAGACAUACCUUGAAGCUUGGGGCAGUUCUUGAAAUCUUAGACAUCGGUUCAGUUUAGGAAGGGGCUGCAGGAUUUAUCUGUGACUACGACUUGUAUAUAUAUUGGCGUUGUUUAUUGUGGAAUUGAAGCUUUCUCCCUUUCCCUCCCCUUUCUGUAAGAGGUGAAGGAGAAGAGGUGCAGUUCCUGAGGAUGGGACUUUGUGUUCAUUGUUAAUUUGGAGUGUAUAUGAACUGCUGGAUCUGCAGGUUUCCCUGUCUGCUUUAUUAACUUCCAAUAAAUAUGAUCUGCUUAAA